CAAACGAGCCACUACGUCGAGCGGUUGGCAGACCUUUGGAUCGCCAGCUAGUCAUCAAGAUCAGUCGACGAGCGCGAUUACCAGGUUGUCGCUUGACUCAUAUAGCCGUCGUUCUGGGGGUCGUUGAGCCAGUUGAGGUCUGAGAUCGACGGCGAAAUGAGCACCCUGGCGCUGCUGGCCUUCGCCCUGUGGGCGCUCUUCCUGCGCCUCCUGCCGAGCAUCCUGAACUUCCUCAGGUUGCAGAGGUUCGCGAAAACCCUGCCGGGGCCCACGAUUGGCGAACUGAUUGCCAAUGUCAAGAAAGGGGAGAUUCUCAACUGGCUGAAGGAGCUGCGCGAGCGGCACGGCUCCGUCUUCCGCAUCUGGUUCGGCAAGGACCUGAUGGUGAUGUUCACGGACCCGGAGGACAUCAAGCAGCUGCUGGGCAACAACCAGCUGCUGACCAAGUCGCGCAACUACGAGCUGCUGGAGCCCUGGCUGGGCAAGGGCCUGCUGACGAACGGCGGCGAGUCCUGGCACCGCCGCCGGAAGCUGCUCACGCCGGGCUUCCACUUCCGCAUCCUCGGCGAGUUCAAGGAGCCCAUGGAGGACAACUGCCGCAUCCUGGUGCGCCGCCUGAAGAGCCGCGCCGACGGCGAGUCCUUCGACAUCUACCCCUACAUCACCCUGUUCGCCCUGGACGCCAUCUGUGAGACGGCCAUGGGCAUCAAGAAGCACGCCCAGCUGCAGAGCGACUCGGAGUACGUGCAGGCGGUUCAAUCCAUCUGCCGGGUGAUGCACAAGCAGAGCUUCUCCUUCUGGCAGCGGCUCAACGUGUUCUUCAAGCACUCGAAGCCCGGCAAGGAGCGCGAGGCCGCCCUGAAGGUCCUGCACGACGAGACCAACCGGGUGAUCCGGCUGCGCAGGGAGCAGCUGCUCCAGGAGCGCGCCGAGUCCCGCCCGGAGGCGGAGCAGGACGACGUGGGCGCCAAGCGGCGACUGGCCUUCCUCGACAUGCUGCUGCUGGCCCAGAUGGAGGGCGGCUCCGAGCUGAGCGACACGGACAUCCGCGAGGAGGUGGACACCUUCAUGUUCGAGGGCCACGACACCACCAGCUCGGCCAUCGCCUUCGCCCUGAGCCUGCUGUCCAAGCACCCGGCUGUGCAGCAGCGCGCCUUCGAGGAGGCCAGCGAGCUGGAGGGCAGGGAGAAGGAGUCGAUGCCCUACCUGAAGGCGGUGAUCAAGGAGACGCUGCGCAUCUACCCCUCGGUGCCGUUCUUCUCGCGCAAGGUGCUCGAGGAUCUGCAGGUGGGCAAGCUGACGGUGCCCAAGGGCGCCUCGGUCAGCUGCCUCAUCUACAUGCUCCACCGCGAUCCCAGCAACUUUCCCGAUCCGGAGCGAUUCGAUCCCGACCGCUUCCUGCUCAACGAGAAGCAAAUGCACCCGUUCGCCUUCGCCGCCUUCAGCGCGGGUCCCAGGAACUGCAUUGGUCAGAAGUUCGCCAUGCUGGAGCUGAAGACCACGCUCUCGAUGCUGCUGAGGAGCUAUCGCUUCCUGCCCGACGAGGACCACCAGCCGAAGCCCCUGGCCGAGUUGGUCACCAAGAGUGGCAAUGGCAUCAGGCUGCGGAUUCUGUCACGCGACUAGAACGGAACCUCGGCAUAAUAUUAAAAUACAAUAUUAUCUGCGCAAUCCUAGUUUUAAGGCCCCAUCAUGUCUAGAUUACGUUAAGCUAAGUAAUAUAAUGACAAAAACAUUCGAGCAUAGUGACGCAGUUGGGUGGCCCAGCUGGGGGCCUCUUUCUUAUCACUCGUGUACAUUGUACAGCCUUGCCAUAUAGAUUAGAAAAACUUGGACUACA